UCCCGGUUAUGGUACAACACCACUGUCCACUACAUAGUACACACAAUCAAACAGGGGGGAAAAAAAAAGAAAAGAAAAACUGUUAAAAUCACUCUCACAACCACUCCGCCGUAAAAAAUUACCGCAACCGAGGCGUCACCCGCCGCCGCCACCUGACACUGGACUAACCAUCCACGUGUGAGUUCCGGUGCAUUAAAGUAUUUGCUGAUCCGGUGGGAAAGGGGGGAUUGGAUUCUCAAUUCUGUUUCCUUUCCGUAAGCUGGAAAAACCAUGCAAAACAGGAUUUAAUCAGCUUUAAAUGCCUCAAGUAUUAGCAAAUCCAAUUACUACAUCAGCACAAGCAGCAAUAUCGCUGGGAAGAAGGCGUGGCUUUAUCGCAAAAGAGAAGGAGAGGAUUGGUGGUUCAGGGAUCAGUAUAGUUAAGGGAGCGGUGGAAUCCGUGUCGGUAUUCGUAACCGUAUCCGUAUCUGUAUUGGUAUCCGAUUCCUCAUCUUUUAGUAAAUCUGCUGGCCUUCCCAAAAUUGCAUCAUCGGCAUCACCAAAAUCCAAAUGUCUAUUUAAGUUGAAGAUGCGAAUUCCCAAGCGUCCUCUUCCUGUUUCCGUCUCCCACUGCCUUUCUUCCCUUUUCUCUCCUCCUCCCGACCUACUACUCUUUUCUUCCUCCUCCUCUUCUUAUCCUUCUUUCUCUACAUUUCUCCAUUUCCAUUCCGGAAUUCUCGCUUCAACUUGUAUUUCUCGUCGUUCUUCUGACGCAGCCAAAUUCCUCCGUCCUAAAGCAGGAAGUAAACAGAUGCAUACUGGCAGUACAAUGGAUGGGACUGACUUAGAUGGCAAAACUUCAGACUUUGAGAGAACCACUGGCAGAUUUGGUGGUCAGGACCCUCAUAUAUGGUCGUCUCCUGAAGGAGGGCAUAAAAUUGACAUAGGAAAACAAAUCUUCUGCAAUAGAUCUUUAAACAUGAAGAAUAUUGUUGCUGUCGGAUUUGACAUGGAUUACACUUUGGCACAAUACAAGCCCGAGACUUUUGAAUCUCUGGCUUAUGGAGGCACAGUCAGAAAGCUAGUUUAUGAUCUAGGGUACCCUUCGGAGUUGUUGGAAUGGACCUUUGAUUGGAAGUACAUGGUCAGAGGUUUAGUUCUUGACAAAAAGAGAGGCAAUAUUUUGAAGAUGGAUAGACACAAGUAUGUCAAAGUAGCUUACCAUGGAUUUAGGGAGAUGUCAAAGGAAGAUAAAGUUGCUACCUAUGGAAGUACUUUGAUACGGGACUCAUUUGAUGAGCCAGAUUAUGCUCUCAUUGAUACUCUUUUUUCACUGGCCGAAGCCUAUCUCUUUGCUCAGCUUGUGGACUUCAAGGAUAACAAUCCUGGAAAACUUCUGGGCAGGGUAGACUACUCUCAAAUGUACAAGGAUGUUAGAGCUGCAGUGGACCUGUGCCAUCGUGAUGGGACUUUGAAGCAGAUGGUUGCUGAAGAUCCGAAAAGGUAUAUUAAUGAGGAUACUGCAAUUGUUCCCAUGCUCAAAAUGCUUAGAGAGUCUGGACGUGCAACUUUUUUGGUGACAAACAGCCUAUGGGACUACACCAACAUUGUCAUGAACUUCCUUUGUGGACCCAGAAGUGUAGAUGGCUGCUCACCUUUGAGUUUUGAUUGGCUGAGGUACUUUGAUGUGGUCAUUACUGGCAGUGCCAAGCCUGGUUUUUUCCAUGAUGAAGUUCGUGCCAAUCUAUUUGAGGUUGUUCCAGAGUCUGGGAUGCUUCUCAAUACUGAUAAUGGAACGCCUAUGGCUCAGGUAGGAAAUACUUUAUUAAGACUGCCAUCAAACGGUCUGAACAAGAAAUGCAAAGUUUUCCAGGGAGGAAAUGUCGGCCAUCUGCAUAAAUUGUUAUCUAUUGAAUCAAGCUCGCAGGUACUCUAUGUUGGGGAUCACAUUUAUGGAGAUAUCCUACGCAGUAAAAAAGUUCUUGGGUGGAGAACAAUGCUUGUUGUUCCUGAGCUUGAGAGGGAGGUCGAACUUCUCUGGGAAAUAAGGGAUACACGCAAGCAACUUCAGUCGUUGAGGAGUGAGCGUGACCACAUUGAAGAUAAGAUACAUCAUUUGAAGUGGUCUCUCAUGUUUGAACACGUGGAUAUUAACAAGGAAGAGAUGUCAUCUGAGAUUGAAAAACUACAGUCUCUGAGAGAGCAAGUGAGGCUAAGUCACCAACAGGCCCAACGGGAAUGUCACCAAAAGUUCCAUAAAGCCUGGGGACAACUGAUGAAAACUGGCUAUCAAAAUUCUCGCUUUGCGCAUCAGGUGGAGAGAUUUGCUUGCCUCUAUACAAGUCAAGUGACAAAUUUGGGUCUCUAUUCGCCAGACAAAUACUACAGACCGAGUGAAGAUUUCAUGCCCCAUGAAUUUGAUAUCCUCUCUGCGUGAAAGCAUUCUUCACUCUGGAUUAGGUUGACUUGGCUUAUGGGGCUUUAUGACUUUUGAUGCUUGAAUUGUCUUUUCAUGGCAAUUAAUCUAGGGACGAUAGAAUUCUGUUUUAAGUUAAAGAUCAUGUAAUUUUCUUUCCUGCAAAUUGUGGUGUAUAUGGCAAGGUUGUAAAUAAGUGAUUUUUUUUU